AUGGACAUGGAAUUCCUAACCGAGCUAAACGAACUAGCCAUAACCGAUCACCAAAGACUUACCGGCGGAAGAAUGGGCCGAAGAAAACUCGAAGACGACGACGACAACAACAACAGCAAGGAAUUCAAAUCCAAAAACCUUCAAGCCGAGAGACGUAGGAGACAGAAACUUAGUGACAGGCUCCUUACACUGCGCUCACUUGUCCCAAUCAUUACAAAUAUGAACAAAGCAACGAUAAUCGAUGAUGCAAUCACUUACAUUCAAGAAUUACAAAAGACAUCACAAGUUCUCAGUGAACAACUGCUCGAAAUGGAAGGGUCGUCUGAAGAAAGUGUAAUGCCGAUGAAACUCGAAAUCGCUGUUGCACAACAUGAUAUGAAGAAAUGUGGGAUAAAGGAAGAAGUUAAGGUGAGCAACAUUGAUGGGAACAAGUUUUUGAUAAAGAUUAUAGUUGAGAAGAAAAGGGGUUGCUUUACUCAAUUGAUAGAAGCCAUGAAUUAUCUUGGGUUUGAGCUUAGUGAAACCAAUGUCACCACUUUCAGUGGUGCAAUGCUUUUUUCAUCCUGUGUACAUGGAAAAUAUGGGGAUACUCUCAUGGUUGAACACAUUGAGGAAUUGUUGUCAGAGAUGAUGAGGAGCAUGAAAACAAGUUCUCAAUCUGCCAUUGAAUUAGGGAACACAAAUUGA